ACUCGAGUCAGUCGACUACUUUGUCCCUCUGACCCUCUCUUGAUAGCCCAACAAAAAACAUAGCGUUUGUUCACAGAUCAUUCAUUAUUUAGUUGUCUGGCUGCAUAUCCUUAAGGACGAGUUAACAAGUUAUCCAGAUAUCUAAAAGUUCUUUGAGGUCAUGCAGCUGGUGAUCCGCCCGUUCCGUCCCUUGGACAAGGACGCAGUACGCACUCUGUUCAGCAUCGGCAUCAAGGAGCACAUCAGUCCAUGUUUUCACAACGCCAUGACCAGCCCUUUUCACCGUGCUGUCACCCUGGCCCUGUUUGCCAUUGGCUAUCUCCUUGGCUCUAACAUAGGUGUCUUGGUGUUACCUGGAGUUUGGGUGGGCCUUGUCUACUACUGUUGUCAUGAGCUGUAUGCUAGCUUUGUCAAGGGGAAACUCCGCACAGACAUGCAGGACAUCCCUGGGAAUUAUCAGAGCAAACCAGACGACUGUUUCUUGGUGGCUGAGGCUGAGGUUGAUGGGAGGCCUCAAAUCGUGGGUAUGGUGGCUGUACUGGCCAAACAAAGUGGAAAUGAGAAACAUGGGGAACUGUUCAGGAUGAUCAUCUCACAGUCAUGCAGACGGAUGGGUCUGGGCGUCAGGAUGGCUCAGACUGUGGUUGACUUUUGUAAAGAACAAGGUUUCUCCAAAGUGGAGCUGGAGACCAGUUCAACUCAGACUGCUGCAAUUGCUCUGUACAAGAAACUGGGGUUCAAUACUGUCCUCUCACAUACUGAAACACACGCUCCCAGCUGGAUUGUAAAACUGACCAUGGUCACCAUUUUAAGAAUGGAAAAACAGCUGUAGUCCUGAGCGUGCCCAGUGAUCCUCUGGGUGAUGGUUCUCUUCAUCAGUGGUCAAGUUUUUUCAUCAGUAACGCUUGACUGAAACCAAACUUUGUAAAUUGUGUUUCAUGAAAACAAUUGCCGUUUGAGCAAUGAAUCAAAACAAACCAAAGUGUCAGGUGAAGGCAAGUAUUCAGAUUCUUUAUAAAAGUAUAAGCGCUAUCAAAGUUAUCUGGUUAAGUUAACUACAUGCAAAAAAUAUGUUAUGCUAUAUGCCAUGUUAAAUAUGUUAUGCUACCAAAUUAAGAAAAAUGGGCCCUGUAACUGUUAUUGAUAUAUUAUACAAUAAAUAUUUGAGCAAUGGUGAAAAAUGCCCUUCAAUUUACCGAGAGUCCAAUGUUACCAAUUCCCUACGUUAACAUAUAGUCAUAAUUGAAAUGAAUAAAAUCCGAUUAAAAUGAUGAAAAUAGUAAAAGAGGAAAGCCACAAUCUUCAAAAUGUAAGCAGCUGGACCUCUGAAACAAACAAAAAGUCUUAAACAUGGUUGAAUAAUUUUCCAAUUUAUGGCUUUCUAAUUCAGCAUUACUUUUAUAAAAUAAACUGUUGGGUAGUUUAACUCGAUUUAAAACACUUCUUGUAUGUUUUAUAUGCAAAAAGAAAAAGUUUUAGGUUAACUUUUUUUUUCUGACUACAAGGUCGUUUGACAAGUGGUUACUAAUGUAUGAUUUGAUUGUUUCUCAUAGUGUUGAUCUCCUUUGGAUUGUCUUCAGCAGACUCUGCGACCUAGGACAAUGUUUCUCCUCUGGGUUUAAACAUUAACUUCUCUGAACGAGGCCGAUUCUGUUGUAUUUUAAGCUGCCUCUUAGGUCCUUUGGUAACUGUGUUUCAUUUGAGAUUGUUAGCUCUCUUCUACACGUUCUCUCCUGUAUGGUGAAUUUUAGUUCAUGGCGGAUGUUUCACCUAUUAACAGCUGCAUUCACACAUUAGCUCACCCAUGGUUUCUGGUGCACUUUUGACUUUUAUCUAUAGGGGCUAUAAAGAAACGGUCAGCAUAAAUAACAGGGUUCACAAAUACGCCUCUUUGCGUUCACACACACUUUGGACAAUGUUGAGAAAUGUUUUUAGGAGUACAGUUACUUAUUAAAGGUGCUUAUGUAUGAUUAUACUGACCCUAUGUUGAGUUCCUUGACGUUGGUAAAUCAUUCAGCAUGUGCAAAUCCAUUCAAGAACAAACUCCUUCUGAAGGUCAUUCCUUCAUCUUGUUCUUUCUUCUACUUUAUGCCUUGAGGAAAAUUAUUUCAUGUUUAGAAUUGUUCUUUCACCGUUGACUCUGUUGCCAAAUUCAGUGAAAGAUUCUUCUCUUGUUUUAUCCUACUUAAUCUAAAGUCAGUGUGAAUGUUUCCGUCACUGAAAGUCUUUUCCCUAUAUUGUGUGUAAGACCAACCUGUGUAAAUGUUGUUAAAAUUAUGCCCUGUUGACUGAUAAUUGUUGUAAUUUAGAUUAGUUUUAUGAGAAUACACCUGUGAUUUUCUUUAACAUAUGACUGUUUCUUGCACACACGCACACACACAUCCUCACACAAGCUGUGUGAGUAGCACUCCAGUCUUUUAUCUUAGUGACUUUCUUGUAAAUGACCUUUGACUGAAUUUUGGACCUGUUUUUAAAUUGUACUUACUCUUAUUUUGAACUUUUUCCAAGUAAACUUUUGUUGAACUCUAAACCUUUCGAACAGUCGGCUGUAUGGCCUACACAAAUAGACUAAGAAGAAUAUGGAAAAUUCUGACAACUCAUAUAGAUAUUUAUCUCUAUAUGUGUAUGUGUGCUCUCCGUCAGGAAGCUGGUAUAUUGUUUUUUACUCAGUCAGAUCUGUUGUCAGGAUGAUUGAUUGCAAGUGUGAAACCACUUCCUUUCUAAGAUGUUCUACCUGCUUGAUGAAGGUUUUCUACUGAAACACUGCUAAUAAAAUUAUAUUUACAAGUUAGACAGUGUGCUGGGGUUUACUUGAAAGUUUUCAUUCCAGCAUCUUGUAAUUUGCCGUGGUGGAAAGUAACAAAACUGCACUAAAAUGUUCUUUUCACGCUGUUUUUCAGGAAGGUUAACCUGAAGUCUGUUUUUUUUUUUUUUCUACUUUAAACUUUUACUCCACAUCAUUUUCAAAAUAACUAUUCUACUGCAUUCAGACAUGCCUGGUUCUAUGAGGGUGCAAGAGGUUGCAAUGCACCCUCAUUUGAAAUUUCUGCACCCUCAAUUGAAUAGACAAAACAAAAAUAAAAAUGGUAAAUAAUCAAGGCUUUCAAAUGA